AUGGCGGAUUGGUUUGGUUCAGAACCUGAUAUUUCUUCCAUUCAGACACCAAAACCUCGAUUGUCCGAAUCAUUCUACGCUAGUGGUAACAUUUCAUUAUACUGGGAACAGACAGUGUCGGACUAUAUAAACUUAGUGUAUAUUCCAAUCUGCAGUUCUAUCGGAAUAGUAGGAAAUUCCGUAGCCUUCUGCGUUUUGGUACUGUCUAGUCUCCGUCAUACGACAACGUGUUUGUACAUGGCCGUAAUAGCUUGUCUGGACACGUUGGUGCUUGUUUUAAAUAUUUGUUUCUUCGUACGCCGGUUUCCCGAUUUUGAGAUUUUUAACGAAUGGUCUUGCGGUUUUAUUAUGUAUCUGUUUUAUUUCACGAUCCAUUUCGACGUCAUGCUUCUCGUUGCCAUGACGUUUGAGAGAUAUCUAGCAGUGACGUACCCUCUACACGCUGCGGGAUUGAUAACAGUGAAAAAAACUGUGAAAAUCAUAUUUGUGUUGGGAUUCAUAUCGUUU